UAAACUGAUAUUCGCAGCGCGACCAUGCCCAUUUUACUCCCAAGGUCGCUGCUUGUUCGCUGAUUCAUGCAACUUCCUGCAUGAUGUCAAAAUAAAAGUCAAGAACCCAGAAAUUACGAUAAUCUCAAGCCCUACUCCCCAGUCUACUCCUGCUCUUUCGCGUAGCGACUCGAUUACAUCCAGUCCCAUCUCACCUAGCACCGCACUUGGUAGAGUGCGGUCACCACCGCGUUCUCCGCGGCUGUCAAGUCUGCUCCUUGCUCUCGGUAAUGCCAUUGAGCCGGACGAAGAAGACGAUGGUUCAAGCUCUGCGGAAUCUAGCACGCGUCACGCCGCAGAGCUCGUUCCGCCAGAUGCUAUGUUUGGGCAGGUGUCGCCACGCCGGAGUAAUUUCAGUGAAGCGGCGAACGAGCAGGCUGAGGCAGAACAUGAGAUUAUCAGUCUAAAUCCCCUGGCGGAAGACAAGCACAUGACUUCGUCGUCGUCGGACGAGUUCGCGUCUCACAAUCGCAAUUCGCAACCGCUGUCUGGAGAGUCUGUUCGCGAAUCUGAACGCACCGACAUCAUGUCCCCAGUUGAGCUGAUGACCGGCCCUCCGUUCUGGCACCCUAUUGGAAAUCUCCCACAGACAUUUCAACGCGAAGACUCUGUCGAUUCUGGCUAUGCUGACAACUGGACUGGGCCCCAACAGUUUGUACUGUCGCCACCACAUAGAGACACGCCCGGACGCUACUCAACCUUGUCACUCCUUUCCUCACCGUUCGGCUCGCCUGCUCGUGCGAUUUCUCCCAAAUUCGCACCGACUGCGCUGUCAGGUUGGCCUCCUGGUUCUCCCCGAUCAGGUACUUCGAACUCGGAGUCGGUGUUUGAGCAUCCUCACAUCUCAAAUCAUGGAGGAGACCAUCAAUACGCACAAUCAUUUGAUGAGCUUGAUAGCCCGAGAAAGUACGAAGCGGAGCGCAAGCGUCGUUCGGACGCAAGUCGUAUUUCCGACGCAGAUCCGGACAAGACUAUUAAGCAGAGUCGGCCGUCGUCGUUGCACGUUGCAGCAACGAAGGCUCAUGGCGUGGAUGUGGCGUCUUCGUCUUCAGCAUCUUCUGUGAUUCAUCAGCCGCCAACAAAGCCGUCUGUUCACAAUGUCUCUGCAUCGCCGGAACCGCCGCAGACUAUCUACCCGCUCGAGCCGUCGCCUUUCCUUUUAGGUUAUGAGGACGAGGGAUCAUCAUUUGCUGCUCCUGAGCCCGGGACUCAGGACGAGCCGCCUUCAAUCGAGUCUCCGCCUUCGCCAGCUCCGCGCUCCACCGUUAUGGGGCCAGCCUCGACAUCGUUUGACCAUGGUCGAUCUCCAAUAGCCGCGCUACCCAUCAGAUCCCCUCAUACUUCCCCUCAACGCUCCCCAAGCCGGCGGUACUCAGGAUCUCCGUGCCUUGUUCAGUUGUCUACCACAAAGUCCCCAGCCCAUACUUCUCAAUCAGCUAUAAGUCAACGCAGUCCAGCCUCGCUUCAUCUUACUUCGCCGUCACCUGCAGCACCCGUCUUCCCAGCCACCUCUAUUCCUGAGCCGCUCUCGAACCCCUUCAGCCCCUCAUCUUCACAUUCACCCCUACAGUCUGUCGGAAGCGGAGCACCUGUACAACACGAAGCCGAGGAGCAUACUAUACUGUCUGCAGAUUUGUAUGCAGCGCACGUGAAUUCGCCUGUUUUUCACGAGAAUGAAGUGGACCAAGAGGCUCCUGAGGAUGCAGGAGGUCAAACCGUUUCGUAUGCUAGCCACUACAGAGCGGUAAUUGAUCCUAAUAUUCCGCCGGCUGCGACCGAGUCCGAGGAUGCUGCUGAAGAGCGGUCGGUGUCGUUUGCGAGUUUGUAUGCUGCACAACUCAGCCCUGUGCGGCGGGUGCCGGUAGGGAACGUUGAUAAAACUUCAAGUGACGAGCAGCCAAAGUCAUAUACUUCUAACAGCCAAGCACGUACCUCCUCACCAGCACAGUCAGCCCACGACAAAAAUGCUACUUCAAUUACCGCUGAAGAUCGGGCUGUCCCAUACUCAAGCAUUCAUGAGUCGCCCGUUGCAGGACCUUCGCGACUGGCGAAUCCCCCAGUGCAGAUGGUCUCGACAGAAAGCACCAACUCUCCCGAGCAGACAUUCUCAUAUGCAAGCUUCUAUGACGAGGCACCGCUGGCCGACCCGACCCGUCACUCGACCCCUCGUUCGACCCUCUCGCGCUCCGUCUCCCUCAGAAGCAUGUCCACUCCCCUGUCGGAGCGUACAGUGCUCUCCCGCUCCGCAUCUAUGCGAGCGACGUCGACGCCACGCUCGGACCGCUCGCUGUCUAGGUCCUCUAUUAGGAGCAGUGCGCGGCGGACACCGUCAGCACUGCCUGCGAGGCUAUCAUCUCCGACGCCAAGCAUAUCUAAUACUACGGAUUCUCCGCUCCUGCACCCUCUAGAACGCGACUCGACGCUGCUGUCGCCGUGCGACAGCCCCUACGCGUCCCCGCGAGCGAUAUUGGUCCACGACGCACAGGAUAAUAGCGUGCAAGACGUGCCCACAAAUCGCAGGCUCUCGCGCGAUGCUCCGCGCAGUCCGGACCAUUCGAGAGCGGCGCAAGCAGCGUCUCCGUAUUCUCUAGACUCGCCCCCCGCAACAGCGGCAUCAGAGCCAUUGGGAUCGCCGGCUGCCUCCCGCCGGUCGUCAAUCUCGGACUUCCAGCCGAACUCUGAGGGCCAGACGUCUCGAAAGUCGAGCAAAGUGGCUUUCGGGUUCAGGAACUCGACUACUGUGGGUCCACUCUAGAAUUAUGCAUCGCAGCACCCUAAUGGUUUGGUAGACCCGAAUACAAGAUCCUUCAAGUACUUCUCGGCCGGGCAGCGCACCCUUGGUGCGCUCUCGCCCCCCGGCGCUGGUCGGUCUCUCGUUUAACCGCAGCAAUUCUAUGAACAAUAGCCGGCAGGACCUGUUAUCUCCCACUGAGUCGGCUUCAUCUGCCGGCAAGCUGAGGCCGCUUCGAUUGUCCAUUCUAUUGAACUCUUCCAGCUCUAGUCUUUCAUUGAACUCUGCUGUCUCCUCGUCUCCUUUGUCUUCUGGCAUGUUUCUACCACGGACCGCUGAGCUCACUCCUGGUAUGUCAAUCUGAAUC